ACCCACAAUGCAAAGAGAUAUGGUUUCUCCGAAGGUGAUGUCAUCUCCGUAGAAAGUAAUUGUUGUCAAUGCGUGGUAUUUGGCACACUACAUAGUAUAUAUAUUGGUUCCUCUUAUAUUUGCAAUACAUGUUGUUGUUAUCGAAGGUAAUAGCGGUGCGUUGCUAGCCUACAAGAACGAGCAUCACACCUGUUGGAAAUCUCCGAAGAUGACGUCACAGACGUGAAUACACACAUCUCAAGACGGAUCAUAGAAGGGGACAAAUAUCAUCAACAAACCAUAGUAAAUAUCGAGUAAUUACCAUCGUUAAACCAUCCAUUUUGUGAUGGAUAGCGAUGAAGAUUUCUUCCAGGAUGACCCGGAAUCCGAGAGUUCAGAAUAUGAUGAUCUGCCCAUGGAAAUGGAGAACGCAGAGUCAUCCGCUCAGGAAAAACAAGAAGAAGAGGAUUUCCAAUAUGAAGUUCUGACUGCUGAUCAAAUUGUGCAGUAUAUGGUCGAUUGUAUAAAGGAAGUGAACUCAGUAGUUCAGAUACCAGCAACAAUCACAAGAAUUUUGUUAAACCACUUCAGAUGGGACAAGGAGAAAUUGAUGGAAAGAUACUAUGAUGGAGAUCAAGAAGGUUUGUUUUCAGAAGCUCAUGUCGUCAACCCUCACAAGAGAGAAUCCCGUAGCAAAGACUCAAAGAGGACAACACGGUCGGCUGCAGCUGCUGUGGAAGAUGAAUGUUGUGAAAUCUGUUGUGUGGAUCAGAAGCCAGGUGAGGAGAUGACGGGGCUGGAGUGUGGCCAUCGGUUCUGUACAACAUGCUGGGCAGACUACCUCACUGCCAAGAUCAUGGAUGAGGGCAUGGGACAGACCAUCACAUGUGCUGCCUACGGUUGUGAUAUUCUCGUAGAUGAUGCUACUGUAAUGUCACUCAUUAGCGAUGCCAAAGUCAAGUUAAAAUAUCAACUCAUUAUAACAAAUAGUUUUGUAGAGUGUAAUAGGUUACUACGGUGGUGCCCAGCACCGGAUUGUGGACACGUGGUCAAAGUGGGCUACUUCGACAACAAGCCAGUCACCUGUAUCUGCAGUCACACAUUCUGUUUUGCAUGUGGAGAGAACUGGCAUGAUCCAGUGAAGUGCAAAUGGCUCAGAAAGUGGAUCAAGAAAUGUGAUGAUGAUAGUGAAACCUCCAACUGGAUAGCCGCAAAUACAAAGGAAUGUCCGAAAUGUCAUGUGACAAUUGAGAAGGACGGUGGCUGCAACCACAUGGUUUGUAAGAAUCAAAACUGCAAAGCUGACUUCUGCUGGGUGUGCCUUGGGCCUUGGGAGCCUCAUGGAUCUUCGUGGUACAACUGUAACAGAUACAAUGAAGAUGAAGCAAAAAAAGCCAGAGAUGCACAGGAGAAGUCUAGAGCAGCACUACAGCGGUACCUGUUCUACUGCAAUCGCUACAUGAACCAUAUGCAGAGCCUUAAGUUUGAACACAAGCUGUACGCCUCUGUGCGAGCCAAGAUGGAGGAGAUGCAGCAACAGAACAUGUCCUGGAUCGAGGUGCAGUUUCUGAAGAAGGCUGUCGAUGUCCUGUGCCAGUGCCGUCAGACACUCAUGUACACAUACGUCUUCGCCUUCUACCUAAGAAAGAACAACCAGUCCAUCAUCUUUGAGGACAACCAGCGAGAUCUGGAGACAGCAACAGAGCAGCUGUCCGAGUAUCUGGAGAGAGAUAUUUCCUCAGAUGUUCUGCAUGACAUCAAACAGAAGGUCCAGGACAAAUACAGAUAUUGUGAGAGCCGUCGAAAGGUGCUUUUGGACCAUGUACAUGAAGGCUAUGAGAAAGAUCUAUGGGAAUACAUCGAAGACUUCCCGUGAAGUCUCUGCUGUGCUCUCAACAUUUGGACAACCUUUACCCUGUUUUAACCAAUCAAGAACAUGUUUGAAAAUUCUGAGCUUCACAUUUGAGUUGUUGUUUCACAGGCAGUAUGCUAUUAAACCUGUCAACCCUCCCUUUUCCUCAGGGAGAUUUUGGCCAUUUGGAAUGUUCCUGCCAAAUUCUGAGAGAGUUCAGAAAAAUUGUUUGAUUAAAACACACAUUUGGUGUUUUGAUAUGCUUCGUUAUUUUUCAGUGGAUGGAGCUACAUAUCUCCAUGGUGAUGACGAUGUGGGGGUUGACAGCUGUCACUCAGUUUUCAUCAAUACCUGUUUGAUAGCUAUUAUAUAUUGAAAACAACCAAAACGUUUUUUCCUAUUUCAUGCAAAUCCAUCCAAUAGAAGAAUAUAUUUAAGACCUGAAUUCCUGAUUAAUGACUAUUAUAGGGAGAUUAUACAGUUGCAUAUUUUGGGGGGGAGUUAUUAUUUGAAUUUCAAGACAACACCAGAUAAAGUAGGUAGUCCAUUUGGCAUUGUUAAAGUUCAAUUAAAAUUAUUUGGGUUUUGUGAGAGAUUACACUGAACGGAUGAGAGUGUAUUUAGUUGGUACAUAUCCAAGGAAAUCUUUCAAAUGCUAUAAUUAUUGCACACACAUACUUGUAAGAUACAACAUGGUUGCUGCUUGUGUGGCACAGUAGGAGGUGCUAUCCUUGUGUUUGAUUCUGUCAACUUCUGGAAAGGAAAAAUUUACAAUUUGCAGAUCAUGGUAGCUUCAUUGGUCAGUAAAUGUGAAGGUGUCAACUUCGAUGCAAAUUAUCAAAUAACAACUAAAAUACAUUAUAUGUAUUCAUAGUGUAGGCUUUUUCAAGACAAUGUACAUAAUAUUACAGUAUAUAGGUGUUUUGCCCUAACAGGGAUUUAUUGUGUAUACUUAGGCUGUAUGGAUAUUGAAUAUAUAUAGACUCCAAGCUCAAAUACAAGUUGAGAAUGGCACUUUUUCUCAACUGAAUAACCAUCUUGAGUUUGUCUAGAGGAAUGAAUGUUGGUGAAUGUGUGCUAUUUGAGGCAUAAUUAGCCAUAUAUCAUCCCUGGCUUGUUCACAUAAUGAUUGUCUGGGUGGCAUCUACUGAAUGCUUGAUGCUGCAUUGUCUACUCGGUGAUAUCAGGCUAUUGAAGGUCUUACUUGAUCUGUUGAGAACAAUCUGAAAUUAUUUUCAUAUAAUUAUUGAAGUUUUUAGUGAUAUUUGAUUACAUUGUACCUGCUGAUGUAUGUAAAAUAUCUGAAAAUGAAGUGUAUUAUGUUCAUGCAGUAAGAAAUGGAAUGGUAUUCGUUGUUUCUGGAGUGACAAUGCAGCAUUUAAAGUAUCACAUAGUAUUUGCAUAGUCAUUCAACAAGCUGUUUCCUUAUUUAUUUUAAUCUAUUCAUUCCUGUGUAAAAAUGAUUAAUGAGAGUAUUAUGAGCUGUGAGUACCUGUAACUAUGCAGAGUGAAUUGUUACCAAGUGUGAUGUAUGACGAAUGGUGUGUGUGUGUGUGUGUGUGUGUGUGAGAGCUUCAGUUGUGGUCUGUCUAGUUAAUGUACGACAUGGUCAGCAUGAUAUAUGUUAUCACUAGUUGAUGUGUCCGUGAAUGUUCACCCAGUCUUCACCGUUUUACACGAGUCAGCAGCUUUAUUUAGCAUUGGCACUUUCUAGUUACAGUGCUAUCAUGUUCUGUGUUUGUCAUGCUUCACAAAUACGGUGAUUUGUGUUAUAUAUUCGAAUAACUUCCUCCCAGUAACAUCAGUGAUAUCAGUCAGCACUGGCCACUUUGUCUUAUGUUGAAGGGGCCUAUGGGCUUGUAGUUUUGUAGUUUCUACAGGGUCUAUUCAAUGUUACUACUAUUAACAUAAACGGCUUAUCAUUUCAUGUUAGUUUCUUCCCCUGGAUGAGGUAAUUUUGAUUUAGAAAUGAAUUUCAAAUUAACGCCAUAGAACAUUGAGAAUGGAACAGAAACUGCUAUUAUUGAAUAUAUGACCAAGGUGUGAUGGUUAUUGUUGAAUUUAUGCUGAAUGGCUGAUUUACAUAUGUGUAUUCAACGUAUGUUGUGUGAAUAUAAUUCGGUGAGAAGGAAAAUAGCAUGCUUUAUGUGUAUGGUGCUGACAGCCAAGAAAUGUUUAAAGUGAAUGGACUUUUGUGAAAUGAUAUAUUUUGGUGUGCAAGAAUCACCACAAUUCAAGUCAGACAGGUUUGUAUCCAUUGUUAUCCAUUAGAGACUGAUCUACCACCAAACCAUAGUACCUUGUUCUCUACCACCAUGCAAAGAUGUUUCAUUUUAGUUGACAUAAUCCAGCACUUUUUCUAUGUUGGUUGUGUGUGACAGACAUCCACGCCAUCAUAUUUGCCCCCUACGUGUCUUGAUGGUCGUGGUGUGCAUUCGUUAAAGAAAACCAGUUAUUGUUACUUUUUUGUAUGUCUUCAGAUGACCGUUUUAUUUAUUGUCACAAGAUUUGUUGACAGAAUUUGGCAAUCAAUUUUUUUCCAUUUUUAAGCUUUCCCUUUAGAUCAUGUUAGAUAAAUGAUAUUGUUAUGGUAAACCGAGAAAGAUCUUUUUACAACUGUCAGAAGCCAGAUUUAUUUCCAGAAUGCCACUCCACAAGUGUGCUGGAUGUGUUUCUGUUGUGCUAGGUUGACCCACUGAGAACAGUAGUGUUGUGCACUAGGCUAUUCUGUCUUCCAUUACAGUAACCUGUAUACCUCCAUUAGGAACCUCUAUCAUUAGCUUCGUACUUUGGUUCAUACCUGUAUUCCACUAUUCUUCUAAUGCAGUGGUGCUUACUGACUUUGAUGAAGUAGAAUUUGCAAUUUGAUAUGGUAAUUUGAUGUUGGACGCUAUUCACCUCCUGUUAGUAAGUCCUUCUAUGUAGAAAGUUGAAAGUAUGAAUGUACAUGUGCCAUAUAACUGUUUAGCUCACCUGGCCUGUUGGGACACAUGGGCUCAUUGCCUGACAUGUCUAUGGCUAUCAUAUACUACUCAAAAGCAGUUAAGGACCACCAGAUUCUUUUAUAUUACUAUAGUUAAUCUGUCAUGCCAUGGUAGAUUAACUAUAGUAAUAUGAAAGAAGUUAGUGAUCCUUAGUUUCUUUUGAGUAGUAUAUAUUGGACUACUUCUCUGAAACUGGGUUCUUAUUAUACCUGCUGGGAAUAUAUAAAUACCAAUAUUUCAUUUCUGUUGCUAGGACAUCUUAAUCUAACUUCUGUUUAUCGACUUCACCUGUUAUGUACUUCUAGCUUUAAAGGCUGUUUGAUGCCAGAUUGUUGGACUGAUUAGAAUAGACAAGACCCAAGUGUUUUCUACAAAAGCAUUAUCUGAUUGAUUGACAGUUCAAUCACUGAUCUAUGCUGGCAUUUUGACAUGACACGAAACUAAAGCAGCGGAGCUACAGAGAUCUUGGCUAGGUAUAUUUUGUACUCAAGGUACUGCAGUGUUCCUCAGUUGGCUGUUUUGUCAAGAUUAUUUUACAGCGUGUUUGAGUAAUUGAGAACAAAUGCCAGUACAUUAUCAGGAUAGGAAGGUGCUGCCACUGAAAGCGGUGUGGUCAAAUGGAAGAAGUUGUUCACGUGGCAACACUUAUACCAUGUGUAAGUCCCAACGAUGUACUGUCACGCAUCCUUGACCUUACUUUAUCGCAGUAUGUGAUGCCCGUGCUGUCAUACAGUUACAGGCUGUCAUAUAGGCUGCAGGUGACAGUCUCUUUGCCCAGUCUGUUGCUGGUCUUGCUGAGAAGGUGCAAUUGCUAAUGAUCUCUUUUGAAAGGAUAGGUAUUGUAAAAGCUGUUCCAGACAAGGGAACGCGAAAGUCAUAAACAAAUGAGUCUAAAUGAACCCACUCCAUGUUAAAUAGUGGAAUGGACAUGCCUUCACAUAACUUUCUUUGUAAUUUAAUUCUUCCUUAUAUAUAUGACUAAACUUUGUGAUAGUGGGAAAUGUGGAGACUAGUUAGUAGUAUUGUUAGGAGGGUGGUUGGAAUAGGAGGGAUGGGACACAGGGACGAAGGAGCCCAUGAUACCAGUAUUACUACAUUGUAGGGCUCUGUUGGUCAGGCUGGCUGACUUGGUUGAUGCAUGUCAUCGUAUCCCAAUUGCGUAGAUCGAUGCUCGUGUAUCACUGGAUUGUGUUGUCCUGACUUGAUUAUUCACAGACCUCCGCCAUAUAGCUGGAUUAUUGCUGAGUGCAGUGUUAAACAACAAACAAACAAACAAAACAUUGUGUGGCAACACCAUCCACUGGCACAAUAACCUUGACACUUAUUUUGAAACUUGUUACAUGAAGACAAAAAUGUUCAACCAACUUUUAGGAUGUUUUUGUCAAUGUGUAAGUUAGAAUUACUAAGGUGAACUAAAUUACUAAAGUGAAUAUUAGUUUUGUAUUAAGACAAAAUGAUUUACAAUAAUUUGAUGAUGGAUACAGCUUUGAAGAAGUAGUUUAACUAUUAUUUUUCAAGAAUAUGUUUUUGCAGGUGUGAUGGUGAUUCAUGGGAAUUGAUACUCAAUAGUUUUGGAUUUAGCACUGGUGUCAUUGCCUCUUUAUUAGUAACAUCAGAUGAGAAUGUUGUAUUGCAACUGAAAACAGUUUCUGUAUUAACACUUUGGCUGACAGUAAUAAUGCAAAGAUGUCAAAAGUAGUAUAUUCAAACUGCUAUCUCAAACUUGUACAGGGAAAUGGAGGAUUUUCAUUCUAGGGCCCAGUUUUACGGAACAAUUACUGUGCUAAAAUGAUUGUAGGUCUAAAUAAGAGCAUGGAUGUUUCGACCAUCUUAGCACAAAGAUAACUUUGUGGAACUUGCUUUGGAUUUGUGUUUGCUUGCUGAAAAGUGAUUAUGGCAGAAUUAUGCAAUUUUGUUGGCUCACCUACUCAUUAAGUUUCCUUUGUGGUUGCAGUAUAAAUAGACCCUCCCUCAUCCUCUAGAAAAGGAGAAACAGGAUUAUGGCUGCCACUUGCCAAUGACAAUGUUAUGGAUAUUGACCUGCUUACAUAUUUUCCAUGAUGAUUUGAAUAAAAGACAACACUCAAUCAUGUUAUUUGUUUUUAAGCACUGCAGACAAAGCCUUCACUGCCAAUUUCCUUUACCACUGGUCAGAUGUCACUGGAUUGCUCAACCUUGGAACCUAUGUUUGAAUAUUUGACUAUCUGUGAAAAGGUUUGCAUAAUUCAGAUACCAAUACUGCUGUGUCCUAACUUACCAGUUGAAUGGAUGUGAGUUCCAGUCCUAAAGGGAGCGCACCUCUACGAUGGCAUUUAUUUGUAUCAAAUCCAGAACAUGCUGUGUUGUCUGAUCCCAUGCCAAGUUACGAUGUAGAACCAAGCCAUGCACUUCAUCCUGUCCACAUGGACAUUCUGAUGAAUCCCGUUCACAAUGCUACAUCUUGUUUACUGUGAGUGUCUUGUUCUAAGCUGUGUUUGCAUGUUGAACGUGACACCUGGUGGUUCAUCCCCCUGCCCAAGUUAGCAAUGUUCACAUACUUCUCUGUGGGUUGAUUGUACAGGUCUGGUAUUUUAUAUGUGUUUUUUUUUUCAAUUCAAAAGAUAUGUUGUCAAACCAUACUUACAUUACAUUGCAUGUAAUGUGUAUAAUAUAUAAAUCUCAAGAAUAAAGUUGUCAGAAAAGUGCA